AUGAAAAUCAAAUUAAAAUCAAAAUCAAAAAGAUCCAAUAAUAAUCUGGAUCCAAAUAAUAAUUGCUAUACAUUAUAUUUGAAUGAUGCAAGACAAACAUUGACACAGGGUAGAAAGUUUCCAAACAACUAUAUUAGAACUACAAAGUACACUCUGCUAACGUUUUUACCAAAGAAUCUUUUCGAGCAAUUCAGAAGAUUGUCGAAUUUCUACUUCUUUUCAAGAUAUUUAUCUGAUAAGACAUAUAAUAAAGAAUUAUUCAAUAUUGUUAGAGAAAAUCAAUUGGUACCAAUAUUCAGUGAGGAUCUCAGAGUUGGUGACAUCGUAAAGAUUAGCAAUGGUCAACGUUUUCCAGCGGAUCUUGUACUUUUAAGUUCUACCAAUGACGAUGGUAUUUGUUAUGUUGAAACUUCCAAUCUUGAUGGAAAAUCAAUUGCUGAAACAAGUUUUGCUCAGAAUAUGGAACAAAUUUCAUCGAUGCGUGGUAGUAUUGUCUAUGAGUUACCGAAUGAACGUCUCUACAGAUUUAAUGGUAGAAUUAAUUUGGAGGGUUUGGAUAAUGAUCACACUGUACACUCUUUGAAUCAUACAAUGUUCCUUCAGCGUGGUUCACAGCUGCGUAAUACCAAGCAUGUGUUUGCAGCUGUCGCCUACACCGGUAUCGAUACCAAGAUGUCACUGAACCAGCAGCCACCUCCCUCAAAGUUCUCCACUGUCGAGAAGUUUAUGAAUCGUCUCAUUCUCUAUGUAUUCAUCUUCCAGAUCUGUAUUUGUCUGAUUGGUUCGGUGGCAUCAUCCUACUUUGAGGAUAACGUCGCACGAUUCAUCCCUUACCUUGGUAUCACUCAGUACUCGCUACCGACCUAUGGAAUUGUUAAUUUCUUUACCUAUUUCAUUUUGUUCAAUACUAUGAUUCCCAUUUCUCUCUGGGUGACUAUGGAGGUUGUAAAGAUGGGACAAGCUUGGUUCAUGCAAUGGGAUCUACAGAUGGCUGCCAAUGAGAACGGAGCACCGGUUGCCGAUCAGCAUUGUAAAGCCAAGACAUCGAGUAUCAAUGAAGAUCUCGGUAGAAUUCAACAUAUUUUCAGUGACAAGACUGGCACUUUGACUGAGAAUAUUAUGCGUUUCUGUAAGUGCUCCAUUGGUGCCGACCUCUAUGACGAGCGUGAGAAUCCAGGCGGUCUCAUCGCUUCACUCGAGCGUAACAAUCGCACCAAAGUACAGAGUUUCCUUCGUAUUCUUGCACUCUGCCACACUGUAAUUCCAGAGAUUGACGAAACAACUGGUGAGACCGUCUACCAGUCGCAAUCGCCAGACGAGUUGGCAUUGGUACAAACCGCAAAAUCCAACGGGUUCAUCUUCCUCGGUCGUAAAUCCGAUGAAAUGGUAAUAAGAGAACUCGGUGUGGAGACUAGCUAUGCGUUGUUGGCAGUGUUGGAAUUCUCUUCGGCUCGUCGUCGUAUGUCGGUUAUUGUUCGUACACCUGAGGGUGCCAUCAAACUACUCUCCAAGGGAGCAGACAUGGCUAUUACCUGUCGAUUGAAUUCACGUGAUAAGAAUCAAUGUAAGGAGGAAACUCUCAACUAUCUAAAGACAUUCUCUCGUGAGGGAUAUCGUACUCUGAUGGUAGCUGAGCGCGAGUUGUCAAUAGACGAGUACAACCAGUGGAAAGAUCAGUUCUUCCAAGCAAACACCGCCAUUGAGAAUCGUGAGGAGCGUGUCGAGGCAGUCUGUGAGUUGAUUGAGCGUGACAUGACACUGAUUGGAACAACCGCUAUCGAAGAUAAACUUCAGUACAACGUGCCGGAAACUAUCAGCUAUUUGUUGGAGGCCGGUCUGCACAUCUGGGUGUUGACAGGUGACAAGCAAGAGACUGCAGUCAACAUUGGUUACUCGUGUCGUCUGUUCGAUCCAUCGAUGGAGUUGAUCUUUAUCAACACUGAAAGCUCAGAGGAAUGUGGAGAGAUUCUCGAUCGUUAUGUUGCGCUACUUCCACCUGAAGUUGAGGAGGACACUGGUGUCGUGACUGUCAGUGGAGCACCACCACCCGAAAUUAUGAUUCCACAGCUGGCUACUGAAUACGGUAUGGUUAUCGAUGGACAAACACUCUCAUACGCUCUACACGACCAUCGUGAUAAGUUCUUGCGUUUGGGACGUGCCUGUAAGUCGGUUAUCUGUUGUCGUGUCACUCCGCUGCAAAAGGCGCUGGUCGUGCGUGUCGUCAAGGAGUCAGAACAAAAGAUUUCGCUUGCCAUUGGUGACGGUGCCAAUGACGUGUCGAUGAUACAAGAAGCGCAUGUAGGUGUAGGUGUUUUCGGUAUGGAGGGUACACAAGCUGCGCGUGCCUCUGACUAUGCAAUCCAUCAGUUCCACCAUCUCAAGCGUCUUCUCUGUGUACACGGACGUUACUCUUACCUGAGAGUUGCCGGUCUCAUUCAAUAUUCAUUCUACAAGAACAUGUGUUUCACUCUCUGUCUGUUCUGGUUCUCUUUCUUCAGUCUUUUCACAGGACAAACCAUCUUUGACAGUUGGAUCAUCACAUUCUACAAUAUUCUUUUCACUUCGUUGCCACCAUUCUUCUAUGGUCUCGUCGAGAAGGACAUCGACGACACUUCGAUCAUGAGUAAUCCACUCAUCUACCGUCGUCUUCAGCUUUCGCCAAUCUUUACCAAAAAGACUUUCUUGAUGUGGAACAUUGCUGCGUUGUGGCACUCGCUUACCAUGUUCUUUGGUUUCUACUUGUUGAUGGACAACGAUAUUAUGGGUCCAAACGGACACACCUCUGGUAUCUGGACAUUCGGUACACUGGUGUCGACCGCUGCAAUACUCGUAUCAAACUUUAAGAUUGCAGUUGAAAUCAAGACAUGGAAUCUCUUCAACGUCGGAAGUAUCCUAUUCUCUUUCCUCGUCUAUUUCAUCAUGUUGAUGCUCUACUCAUACGUAAGAGGAUUAAACUCAAAUAUGUUUGAUAUUUUCUCAAUCGAAUUAAAGACAGUAUCUUAUCAUUUAACUAUAUUAAUUAUUAUUCUAAUUGCAUUGGUACCUGAUUUCAUUUUCAAAUAUAGUGUGAACAUCACGGCACGAGGACAUUAUACAUCUAUCAACUGGGGUAAUCAAACUACAUUAGUCUACGAUAUAUUUAUCCAAAACAUUGUUAUUGUUAUUGAAUAUAGAUAUAAAAAUAUUCAUAGAAUGAUAAUCAUAUCAGUGUUAAUAGGUAUAAUAAUUAUAUUAUUACUUCAUUAUGUUCAAACAAGAAAGAUUGGUCCACCAGGACCUUUUUCUUUCCCAAUUAUCGGAUCUUUACAUUUAAUUGCUAAUGGUCAACCACAAAUUGGUUUACAUAAAUUAUAUCAAAAAUAUGGACCAAUUUUCUCAAUGUGGCUUGGUUCUGUUUAUACUGUUGUUUUAAGUGAGCCAGAAGUAAUCAACGAGGCAUUCACCAACCAAUCUGAUAUUUUUUCAGAUAGACAUAUGAAUUUAUCCAUGCAUAUUGUUGGAGAUUCAAAUAAUAUUGGAUUUACUAAUGGAGAUCAUUGGAGGAAAUUAAGAGGAAUUGCUGCAGCUGCCUUAACAAAAUCUAAAAGUAGAAAAAUGGAUACUCUAAUUUGUAAACAAUUUGAAAAUAUGGCAUCUGCACUAAAAGAGGAAAUUAAAAAAGGUCAACCAAUUGAUAUGAGACCAUUCCUAAAGAUGACUGCCUUCAAUGUUAUGUUUUCAUUUUUAUUCUCAAAAGAAGCACCUUUCAAUCCAGAGGAAAGAUCCGAAGAAGUUCAUCAGAUCCUACACAAUUCUGUAAGAAUGGUGAAUCUAAUGGCUGCUGGUAAUCCUGGUGAUUAUAUUCCUUUCUUAAAUUAUUUUAAUAAUUUAAGAGAACUUAGAACUGUUACAAAUGGUAUAGUUGAAUUUGCCAGAGUAAAUGUAAAAGAACAUUUACAAACAAUAGAUAGAAACAAUCCUAGAGAUUUCAUCGAUUAUCUAAUCAUCGAGUAUGAGGCGGAUAGAGAUUCUGAUAGAAUUUUGGACUAUUCUUGCCUUGAGAGAAUUUGUAUUGAUUUGAUAGUUGGUGGUACAGAUACAGGAUCAACUGCCAUUGAAUGGUUGAUUCUCCUUCUUGCCAACAAUCCAGAACACCAAGAUAUGGUAUACAAAGAGUUGGCUACAAACUAUGUAGAAGAUAAAUCAAUAGAUUUCAGUAAGAAAAUACUAUUCCCAAUCACCAAUAGUCUAAUAAGAGAAGGUUGGAGAUAUAGACCAACUGCUCCUCUAGGUCUACCCCAUAAAUGUACACAAAAUACAACUGUUGGUGGUUAUUUUAUUCCAAAAGAUUCACAAGUUAUUAUAAAUUUAUAUUCUGCGUCACUAUCUGAAAAGAUUUGGAGUAACCCACUCAUAUUUGAUCCAACAAGAUUUAUUGAAUCAGAUAAAAAUACAACACCACCAAUUGUCUUUGGUAAUGGACCACGUCGAUGUGUAGGAUCAAAUCUUGCAGAGGUAGAAGCUUUCCUACUGACUGCAAACAUCUUUAGAACAUUCAAGUUUGUUAGACCAACCGAUGAUUUAUUCUCAGAGAAAACAAAUAUGGGAGUUACACUUGAACCAUUACCAUUUAAGGUUAAAGUAGAAGUGUAUUCUAAUGGAUUAACGCCAGGUACCUAUUCACACAUAGUUUUUCCACCAGGAAAUAAUAAUGGAUUUAAAAAAGUUGAAUUUGAAAUUGUUGUAUUCAUAGACCCAGGUUCUUAUUCAAAUGUAUUUUGGAGUAAUCAAUUCUCAUUGUUAGGUUCAAAUGGAUAUGGAUAUACAGGAUUACAAACAAUAGGUGAAAACAAGAGAACUUUUAUUUUCUCGAUAUGGGAUGCUGAAUCUUUUAGUAAAGGAAGUCAAGGAUCAUACUGCACUAGAUUUGAAGGUGAAGGAAUUGGUUAUCAUUGUAACUAUGAUUUUAAUUGGAGGGAAGGUGAUGUAAACAAAUUCAUUCUAUACACAACUGGUGAUGGAUGGUACACUGUGAAUGUUACUAUUAACUCUACGACCAAAUUCACCAUUGGAAGUAUCAAAACAUUACAAUCAACUAUAAGUCCACAUUCAAUGAUCAAUUGGGUAGAAUACUUUGAAUGGAACUAUAAAGACUCUAAUUGUUAUAACCAACCUUAUUCUAUAUCUCGUUUUGCUACACCAAUCGCUGAUGAUCAUAUUAAUUCAACGGUUUCAAGAAUUUGGGUAUCAAAGAAUUGUCAGCAUCUAUCGAAAGUUGAAGAAGUAUCGAAUGGGUCUAUUCAUUUCGAUUCCGUUGGUAAUUCAAAAAGAGAUUCAAUUAGAUUGUGGUCAAACGGUUCAUUGUGCAUUGGAACCGCCAACAACAAUACAUCUGGUGACGUUGUUAUGAAGAAAUGUGUUGAUAGUUGGGACGAACUACUGGUAUUCAGUGAUUAUCACUCACUCAUCUCUACAAAAGAUGAUACAUGUUUAUCGUACCAACUAAGCAACAAUACAAUCAACAAAUACACAAUUAUAUACGAAAAAUGUAGAGAAGAUAAUAUUAGACAACAAUGGAAGUACAGCAGUGAAAACAAUCUAAUCAUAAACAAAGAUAACGAGUUAUGUUUGGUUGGCAAUCAACUAUUGUCUAAUAAUAAUAAUAAUAACAAUAACUUAAAACUUGAUAAAUGUAAUAUUAAUUAUCAAUUUCAGCAGUGGUUUGUUGCAAAAACAAAAUAA